UCGUGACGCGCACACCUCGAGCGGCUACUCUGUCAGCGCGAGCUCGGCGGGGGGGGGCGGGGGGAGAAAAGCUCGAGGCGGCGGAAAGAGUCGAAGUAAUCCGGGCAGGAGAGCUACACCCGAAGCUAGCGUUAGCCAUCCUCGCCGAGCGCUCUCUCUCUCUCUCUCUCUCUCGGUUUUUUUUACGACGUUUUGCUUCGGCACAGCGGCCCCGCUUUCGAUACGACCCGGUCCGGGUUUAGGGUGAGGGGAGGGCAGGAAAGACGACGCUAACGGCUUUUAAGCGGAGCCCUCCGCAGUUUCGUCAGCCGGCGAGGUCAGAAAGCGACGGUUACCCGAUUAUAGCGACGGUAGCCGCUCCGACCCGAGAUUAAGCAAAACCGCGGGACCCCCCAACUCGGACGGUCCGCUUCCCGUCUGCCGUUCUAGGAGUUAGAUCGCGUCAGGCGGCUCCGGGAAUCGGGAGAUUUUUUUUGUGGUUUUUUGUUGUUUUUUUGGGGGGGGGUUGCUGUUUAUAUAUAUAAAAAAAUUCCACCCGACUUUGGUGUCGUUGGCAGCCUUUUGGUGCUCGGCGAUGUUGAAGCAACCGCAGCCCGGCUCCGGCGGGCGCAAAACGUCUAACGGAACCUCGGGCCCAGCGAGUAUGUCCUCCGCAGCCGGCGGGAGCAACAACAGCAACAGAGCCCCGGCUGGAAGGAGUCGAGCUUCUGUGAAGCCACCUUUCCAGUCACCUCCUGUGUUUGAGGGUGUCUACAACAAUGCUAGAAUGCUCCAUUUCCUCACAGCUGUGGUGGGUUCCACCUGUGAUGUCAGAGUGAAGAAUGGCAGUGUGUAUGAAGGCAUAUUCAAAACUCUUAGCUCUAGAUGUGAGUUGGCGGUGGAUGCGGUUCAUAAGCACAGCGAAGGGGAGGGGCCAUCUUCCGCCCCACCCCGGAGGGAAGAAAUCACCGAUACAAUGAUUUUUAGCCCCGCAGACCUGGUGACCAUGACCUGUAGAGAUGUGGACUUGAACUAUGCUACCAGAGAUUCCUUCACAGACACAGCCAUCAGUUCCAGCCGUGUGAAUGGAGAACACAAGGAGAAGAUAUUGCAGAGGUGGGAGGGAGGAGACAGCAACGGAGAGAGCUACGAUCUAGAGAAUGAUGCAUCUAAUGGCUGGGACGCUAAUGAGAUGUUCCGCUUUAACGAGGUGAAGUACGGAGUCACAUCUACCUAUGACUCCAGCCUCUCCAUGUACACAGUACCUCUGGAGCGAGGCAGUUCAGAGGGUUAUCGACAGCGGGAGGCCCGUGCAGCCCGGCUGGCCAAUGAGAUUGAGUCCAGCCCACAGUACCGUCACCGUGUGAGUCUGGAGAACGAGGAAGGAAGGAGCGAGGAGGAGAGAUACAGUGCUGUGGUGAGGGAUAACGGCGAACGUGAGCGAGAGAGCCCCCGAGAGAGGGGCAGAGACAGCCCUGGAGCAAGCAGCAGGGAGGGCCGGUACAUCCCGCUGCCCCAACGCCAGAGAGAGAUCAACAGAGAGCGAGGAGAAAGAGGACCUGAAAGAGGCCCAGGGGGUCCCCUCCCUCACAAUCGGCUGGGUGGGAGUUACCGCUCCACUCCUAAUUCAUCCUCCUCCCCAAGACCCCCUCUGCCCUCUGCUAGCGGCCCCCAGUCAGCUGCCUCUCCAUCAGAGCGCAGCAGCCCCCUGUCAGGCAGAGGAGGAUUCACCUCCCACCACCCACAGGGCAGCCCCAGCCCAGCCUCUGGCGCUGCCUCUCCAGGGGCACCCACCUCCACUGCUCCCCCUCCAGCCAGCCCCACAGUCCACUCACUGUCCCUAUCAGAUGUAGGCAGACCAGUUAACGGAGUGUCCUCCAGAACAUCUCCCAAGGCCCAGAGACCACAGUCCAGUCGCUCCUCCCGCACUCCAAACACACACAGUCAGCCCACAGCUGCCCGUUCACCUAAGUCCGGUUCCUCCCAGGACACGCCUUAUCUGGACACGUCGUCUGUCUCUAUGCCUACCCAGAAGACAACUGGCCCCGCCCCUCUGUUCCCUGUAGAUGUGAAUGAAAUUCUGAGUACAGCUGCUAAAGAGCGUUCAGCUGAAAGUCCCAACAGCACAGAGGACAGCAAGUCCAGUAAAGCUCCCUCCGUUCAGCAGAGAUCUCAACUCGAGGAGCUGAAGAAGUUUGGCAAGGAGUUCAGACUCCACGCUGGUGGAGCGAGCUCCAGUUCUCCUACAGCAGUAGUCCCUCCUGCCCCCAGUGAGGCUGCGCUGCCAAGCCAGGCCAAGUCAAACCCAUCAGCCCCUGUUCCAGCCUCGGAGCCCAAGCCCCAGCCCCAGGCCCCCACCCCCUCCCAGCCCCAACCCACCCCAGUCCCUGCUGAGGAGCCAAACAAGGACCCCACUGCUUCACCCAACACCAGCACCACCUCCACCCAAGCUCCUGUUUCUGACAGGCAGUCUCCAGCUGUCCCUCAGCCUGCAAGGACCCCAGGAAUUGAAGAGGUGCAGGGUGAAAACGCAGAGUCUACGGAGGGUGUGGCAGACCAAGUGAAGAAGUCAACACUAAACCCCAACGCUAAAGAGUUCAACCCUAUCAAGCCUCAGAUACCCCUGUCCAAACCCAACCCCACGCCAACCCCACCCCGACCCACACCCCCCAGCCCUGUGGUUCUUCAACACCCAGGGGGUCAGGGACCGCUGUACAACACACCUUACCUCUCCUAUGUCUCCCAAAUCCACUCUGUACAGCCUCCUCAGAUGUACCAGUACACCAUGUCCACAGUAAACCAGGGGAAAUACCCCAGAGCUAAAGGUUCAGUAGUGGCUCCACGUUCAGACCAUGGUACCUCAGCACCCCCCAUGCUGCAGGCUGCGGCAUCAGCAGCAGGAGCUCCCCUGGUGGCGUCCCCUUACCCCCAGUCCUACCUGCAGUACAACCCCCAGCAGUAUGGCCAGCAGCAGGUCAUCCAGGCCAUGGCGCCCUACCCCGCACAGCCCAUGUACUCGAUGCUGCAGGGAGGAGCUCGGAUGAUCGGGCAGGGUGGAGGCCCUCAUCCUCAGGCCCUGCCCCCGCCAGGAGGCCCCCAGUUCCCUACACAGGGAGACGGCUCUCAAGGCCCCCAACAAGGAAUCUAUGCUCCUCAGUCAUUCUCCCACCAACCUCAGCCCUCCAGUACCCCUACAGGGACCCAGCCACCCCCCCAGCACGCUGCCCCCAGCCCUGGACAGAAUUCCCAGUCGGGCUCUCAGCCCCAGUCGUUGUACCAUUCUGGUCCCCUGUCAGCGCCCACUCCCCCUAACCUGCCACCUGGUCACACGUCUCCACAGGGCUCCUACACUAUCCAGGGAUACAGCAUCCAUGGACACCAAGGGAUCCCACACUCAUACCCCCUGGGGCAGAUAGCACAGGCACAUGUGCAGGGGGCCAUGUCAGGCCCCCACCCCUCUGGGAGCCAUGGCCACCCCCAGGUACUGAUGCUACAGCCGCCCCCACCCCAGCAGGGCCCUGGCUCUGUGCCCCAGCACCCCCAGCAAGGAACGCACCAACACUUCUACAUAGGACAUCCACAAGCAAUGCAAGUCCAAACACACCCCUCUCCCUUCCACCCUCCCGGAAACUGAACCCAUCUCACCCCCAUCAUAUGCCCCAACCCCACCCCACCACCCUCGAACCAGCUCUAACAACCCGUGCGCCCCCUG